AGAGACCAACCACGCACAUUAUCAUGCUUUGGGAGCAGCAUGAGCAUUUGGGGCCAUCUGAGUGCCAGAAGAAUGGGCACAGAGGGGAUCACCCAUCAGUCCUGUGGACUGGAGGAUCUUACAAAAUACCAAUCGUGAAGUUUCAGGACAUUAAGCGUUUAAAUAGCGAGUUAUCUCUGUGCAAAGUGGGAGAACAUUACAACAUGUUCUAUAAAAUGGACAGCUCUGGAAAUAAGCUGGUCCGCGACAUUCUCUGUACUCAUGGAUUCAAGGAAGUUGAAGGCACUAGCAAACAUUUCAACUUGAUGUGGUCAACCAGCCAUAUAAACCCAUCUAUUAUGAACAACCUUCCCAGCUUCCAAAAGGUCAAUCACUUUCCUAAAUCCUCGGAGCUGGGCCGAAAAGAUUUACUGUACAAGAACAUUAAAAAAAUGCAACGGAAACAUGGGAGCCAAAAGUAUAACUUUUUGCCCGAAAGUUACGUGCUUCCUAAUGAAUACGAGGACUUUCGCAAGGCUUUUUGUGGGACUGAAGGUCCUUGGAUUGUUAAACCUGCCUCUUCCUCGCGAGGCCGUGGAAUUUACAUCAUUAAUUCAAUAGAUCAGAUCAGCCCAAAGGACAAUGUUGUAGUAUCUCAAUACAUUAGUAACCCCCUCCUCGUUGAAGGGUUCAAAUUUGAUGUCCGUUUAUAUGUGUUGGUCACAUCGUUCUAUCCCCUAGUUAUCUAUCUGUAUGAUGAAGGACUUGCCAGAUUUGCAACAACAAAAUAUAAUCCCACAGGGGACAUGAUGGAAAAUAAAUUUAUGCAUCUUACAAACUACAGCAUCAACAAGGCAAGCACAUCUUAUGUUAGGUGCGAUGACCCAGAAAGGGAGGAUUAUGGAAGCAAGUGGAGCUGGAGUGCUAUGCUUUGCUAUUUAAAGAAACAAGGAAAAGAUACAGCAGCACUUACAAUCCAGAUAGAGGCUCUUAUAAUAAAAACUAUUAUUUCAGCAGAAGCCAACAUUGCUUUAGCAACUAAGUCAACACACAAUUACAGAAGAAACUGUUUUGAACUGUAUGGAUUUGACGUUUUACUCGAUGAGAAUUUAAAACCCUGGUUGCUAGAAGUGAACUUGUCUCCUUCUCUCAAUUGUGAUGCACCCUUGGAUUUAAAGGUGAAGACGAAUGUAAUCACAGACAUGUUUACACUAAUUGGGAUAGAAUGUCUGGAUCCCCAGCUGAAGAACGAAGGGGGCUCUGCAACAUCUGAGGAAUAUAUCCAGGGAGGAAAUCAAAAGACUUUUAGAGGACUGACCAGAUCCAACCCGCAUGAAGAGAAGGAGAUCUUGCAAAUAGUCAAGCAGGAGUACGAGAGGAGUGAGGGCUUUAGACGUAUAUUCCCCGGACCAAACACAUGGGCACAAUACAGCUCAUUGUUGUCCUAUCAAUCUCUGAACCGCAUGCUGGAUUCGCAUCUUUUCACACAGAAGCAACCAGAACAUCAACAAAGCAGCAGAAGGCCAAGGCAGCGCACACCUGUUUAUGAGAAUAAGUUGCCUCCCUUGCUGAAGAAGAGUACUCAGCCAGCCAAUACAGGUCACCAGGGUGGCAGAAAAGAUGCACAGGAAAUGGGGACUAGGAGACUUAUUAAUACCUGUGACACACAAAGACAAAGGGAGAGAGAUACUUGUCUGGACCUUGGUAGGAGGGGAACUGUUAAUAGUACAGAGACAUCCCACCAGAGAAACAGAAAAGAUGACCAGGAGCUGAAAAGCAGAACACCUUCUAAUAAGUUUGACACAUGCCUCCAAAGUUGCAGAGACAAUGGCAGGGACAUCAUGAUUAGGAGACCUGCAGAUAUUACAUAUACUUAUCACCGGAGUGGUACAGAAGUCUGCCGGGACAUUGGGAUCAGGAGAUCCGCCAAUUUUAAUGAAAAAUGCACACCGAGCAGCACAGUACCUGGUCAGGAAUUUGAUUGCAGGAGACCAGGAAUUGUUAUCAAAACAGGCCUCCAGAAUUGCAGAGAAUCUAGAUGUGACAUUGGAAGUUGUAAACCGACUGAUAGGAUUGGAAAAUACAGAGUAAGCAACAGAGAAGUUGGCCAAGACUUGGGUUGCAGGAAACCACUGAGUAAUUUUAAUGCAUGCUACCAGAAAGACGGAAAAGCUGCCAUGGACAUAGGGAGCAAGAGGCCUGUCAACCUGGGGAGUUGGGCACCAUUUGAACUGCAGGCUAGCGAUCAGAAGUCCUGCCUUGGCUCAUCUGCUUGUGUAAAGAAGCCUAUAAACAUAAUGUUACCAUCUGUGCAGCACCUAAGUGGGAGGCUUGUAACAAAGCCUUCCAGUGAGCUUUCUGAAAUCCUUGCAGGCUUUUCAUCAUAUUAUAAACAGGCCAACGGUGAACCUAAAUAA